UCACAUGCUCGGUACUGCGCGAUCAUAUGAUGUAAAUCGACGAAAAUGAAAGCUGGGAGUAGUCAACAGAAUUCUGUAGUGUUUUUUGUGAUUUUUAAUUUAUGCGUUUGCGUGAGCUGUCGAUUGACUGAGCUGCAGGUAUGUAAGCUCUGCAGCGGGACUGUCGUAAAUAGCACCACAGUGGGACACUUUUGCCUCUUAUAUGGUGGACGGAUAGACGGGAGAUGCUGCUUGAGAAAUGACAACACAACUGAACCUGAACACAUCAUCGGGCUGGAUUUGUCCAACUGUUCACUAACUCAUGUGGAAGACCUUCAGGAAGCAACAACAGUGAAAUGGAUAGACCUCUCUCUCAAUCCCAUUGUUAACAUCAGUGACACAGCAUUUCAAGGCUUUAUUGAGUUAAAUUACAUGAUUUUGCCAGGGGACAUAGUUUGUCCAGGAGGCAACACGUCUUGGGACAAGGUGGAGUUCAAAAAGGGCAAUUGUGUAUGUGAAGGCCAGAAAAACAUGUGCAACCAGACUGGACAGCUGUCCACGAACUGCCCAGAGAACUCCCUCUGUGCCCCCUACGGCCCCGGCUUCUUUGAGUGCAACUGUGCUGACAACCACCGUGGAUACAAGUGUCUUCGAGAGGGGGAGUUUCCAGUUCUCCGGGUGUUUGGGCCUAUUGGAGUGUCAACAGUUGUGAUCUCUUUCCUGAUGUGGUUCACACAGCGGCGCAAGGCCAAAUCACUCUGAGGCUGAAAUGCAAUCGACUGGUAUUUCAUUUUUAGGUACUGAGCUGACACUGACUGUUCUGAAUAGGGAAAAUGCUGACUAAGAGUCUCGGGUGACUCAGGUUUCUUUUAAAGGACAUUCUACAUUAAUAGUAGGGUAGCUAUAUUUUAUUUUGGGACAUUUCUAAGGCUGGCAUUUUACUUUUUUUUUGCAUCAAUUUUGCAAAUUUAGAGAAAUUAUACCAAGUUUUAAACCUAGUUUUGUCAAAACUGACCAGUAUUAACGCUGUUUUUAAAUGUAGCUGAUACAAGAUAUUGAUGAUGUGUUAAACAAAAUUUUGAAUUAAUUGUGUCAAACAUACUGACUUUAAGUUUAUAUGAUGGAACUGCAUGUCCUUAUGCACUUUUGAGUGAAUGUGUGGAAUCAAGCAAAUUGUUCACUGCUUUUUGAACAUGUACUCAGAGAGCAAACCAAGUCAGAUUUGAUUCAAAGUUUCAAGCUUAGCUGAGCUUUGUCUUUUAGUCGUUUUAUUGUAUUAAAAGUGGGACAUUGAGUUUAAUCACUCCAGCAUGAUUUAUAGUUGUCACUUGCCGUUACCAGAUCUGCCUUUUUUUUUUUUAAUCUAAUAUCUGCUGAAAUUUGUCCUUGUCAUUGUAUCUUAUAACAUCAAUGUUAAAUUGAUGUUUCUAUGCAAUGAAUGUCAAUGUGGUAUAUAGUUUAUGCUUUCUUAUCCUGUUCAACUGAUCGUCAUUAAAAACUAGAAAUUUUGAAUAAUUUAUGUGAACCAUAAACUUCCUCUAAGAGCCUGCUGCUCCAACUGUAAUUAAGGAACCAUUCAUGGCUAGUUUAAAAAGGCCCACUGUGACAACUGAAGCAUGCUGUGAACUACAGUGUAAUUGUUCUGAUCCAAAUGCACCCAAUUAAAUGUUGUGUUGCAAAGUAACAGUUCAUAACAUGGCUCUAU